AUGCUGGUUCUUUUUGAGACUUCUGGUGGAUUCGCUCUCUUCAAAGUCCUCAAAGACAAAAAGCUCAAGCAGGUCGAAAAUCUAGCUGAAGAAUUCAAAACCCUCGACAGUGCAAGCAAAAUAGUCAAACUCAAAGCAUUCGACAAAUUCAAGGACUCUAAAUCCGCCCUACAAGCUGCAGCUGCUCUAACUAAUCAUGAGCUUUCCAAAACCUUGACUAGAUUUUUACGAAAAAACAUCGUAGAACAAGAAAUUUCUGACGAGCUGAUUGUCCUUGAUAAAAAGCUCCGCUCAGCCAUAGAAGACAAACUAGGAAUCAAAUGUCUUUACAGCUCAAAAUAUCUCGAAUUAAUUCGAGGAAUCCGAACACAGAUAGAAGGACUUAUCGCAGGUCUUUCUGCCCAAGAGCAAAAAGCAAUGUCAUUGGGUCUGGCCCACUCCUUGUGCAGGCAUACACUAAAAUUCUCAAUUGAUAAAGUGGACACUAUGGUCGUCCAAGCUGUCAAUUUAUUAGACGAUAUUGAUAAAGAACUCAAUAACUAUGCUAUGAGGCUAAAAGAAUGGUAUUCCUGGCAUUUCCCUGAAUUAGCAAGAAUCGUGACUGACAACGUGAUAUACGCGAAAUGCGUAAAUGCAAUAAAAGAAAGGCAAAAUACUUCAAAAACCAAUUUAAGCGAAAUUGUGACUGAUGAAGAUAUGGUCGAAGAAAUCAAAGAAGCUGCUGAAUUAAGCAUGGGGACUGAAAUCACCAAAGAUGAUAUGGAAAAUAUGAAAGCACUCUGUGACCAAGUCAUCAGUUUGAGCGAAUAUAGAACCAAUUUAAGCGAAUAUUUAAAGAACAGAAUGAAUGCAAUUGCUCCAAAUCUGACUGUCCUUGUAGGAGAACUUGUAGGGGCAAGAUUAAUUGCACACGCAGGAAGUUUGGUAAAUUUAGCUAAACAUCCAGCUUCAACGAUACAAAUUUUGGGAGCUGAAAAAGCACUAUUCAGAGCAAUAAGGACAAAACAUGAUACUCCAAAAUACGGUCUGCUUUAUCAUGCAAGUAUUGUAGGACAGGCUACGCCAAAGACUAAGGGAAAAAUUAGCAGAUCACUGGCUGCUAAAUGCGCACUUUGCAUUAGAAUGGAUGCACUUGGAGAUCAAGAAACUGCAACAAUUGGUCUGCAGCAUAAAGAAGCACUUGAUAAAAGAGUGAAAUUUUUGGAAAACAAUUUGACACCUAGCAUGCUAUCAGGCAAAAAGCCAGCAGCUUACCAAAGACCUGCACAGACUGGAAUGUAUAAUCCAGCAACAGAUGCCACUAGUAAAAUUGAAGUUCCUGCAAAGAGGUCGAAGAAAGUGGUAAUAGAAGAUGAAGAUGAGGAAGAAGAAAUUCCUAACUCAUUCUCCCUCCGGAAGCAAAAAAAAUAUUUUUUGUGUGCUCAUGAAGAGGGCUAAUUAAUUUUUAACGAUGAGCCCCUCAAUCUUCAUGUCUAUUGCAACAAAAAUGCAAUUUUUUAAUAUAAAAUUUUAUAUAAAAAAAUAAUAAUUUUCAUGUCUCUUGCAAUAAAUUAUAUACAUUUAAAAUGGCGGUGCGUGUCAACCUGCUCUCUUGGCGCAGCAGUCCAGACCUUAUGGCUACGGCGAACUGGAACGGACUCCAAGCCGAGAAUCAGACGCAGGCUCAAGAAGUGUGUAUCCGGGUAGGUUUUGGCUGCUUUCCUGUGGUUGAAAAUGGAGGUGCUCAACAAAGUCCUUUGGAUCCAAGGACCCAUGGGCAUUCCUCUACCGAGAAACUGGGGGUUUUGGCCCAGGGCCACAGGGGAACAGUCUUUUUCCUGUAACUGUCGAAGGAAGGCACUUUGACACCCGAUAGACUCCAAGGAGCUGAUCCUUGGAAUCAAGCUACUCCAAUCACCCGUAGCAGGGCCGCCGAAAUCCAUAAGCCGCCCACUCAAGACUGAAGCCACAAGGUAAGGAGGAGCAGAAGGUACCGGAAGGGCACUCGUAAGAGGGAUAGACCCUCUGGGCUGGAGUCGAAAAGCGGUAGAACCUUCCGUACGGGAGGUCUUUGGUGACUGCGUCACCAAUAUGGCUAGCGCCUAUCUGUAAUAAUCCUAAUCCUCUUGCAACAAAUUUUCGAUGCGCAUCUUAAAUUUUUCCGUACUUUUUAGCUAGAUAAGUUAAAUAAAAUGGCGAGCGAUGACAAUAGCCGUCCAAAUCUCGAUGAGAAGGUCAUUGACACGCCUACAGCAGCGCUGUUUUAUGGUUUUUUGAGAAACUCACCAAGAGAAAAAUGCAUUAAUUUUUUUUAUAAAAAUAUUGGGUUGAGUUGGCAUGAAGAUUUUUUUCGAAAAAUUUUUGUUGUAAUAGACAUGAAGAUUGAGGGGGGGGGUCAUCGUUAUAUAUAAAAUUUUAUUGUUCGGAUUUAAAAAUGUUCACUUAAAUUGGAAAGAGAAAAUUAAUUUUAAUUUGUAAAAUUUAUGCUUUAAAAUGCAACCUGUUUAAAAUUCUGCAUAAAUCACUAGAUAUCUCAUUAUAGUUUAUCACUCAUAUUCUUCAUAAAGAUUUUGAAUUUUUUUUUGUUCAUUGAGGAUGGUUUUUUUGGCUAAAAAUUAAUGAUUUGCUCUCUCAUGGAGGAAGGGGGAGUAAAAAGAAAAAACACUAG